CCCCGUUUCCUCUUCACCUCAGAACCCGCAGGUCGACCCAAUCCGAUACCCGCAAAUAUAACCCAAUUAAAUCCACUGCCCGUACCGGUUCAUGUCAUGGAUAUGUCUGAUGCGGUCAUAGUAAAUUCGAGCAUAUUGAAAUCUAUUGUCUGGAACGAUUUCGAUAGAGUGAAAAAGGGUGACACAUUUGUGGCCAUUUGUAGGCAUUGUAAGAAGAAACUUAGUGGAUCAAGUACUAGUGGAACCUCGCAUCUGAGGAACCAUUUAAUUAGGUGUCAAAGAAGAUCUAAUCAUGGCAUAUCACAAUACUUUUCUGCUAAAGAGAAGUAAAAGGAAGGUUCUCUUGCCUUUGUAAAUAUUGGUCGAGCAGAAGAAGGACGAAGUCCUUAGUAUUGUGAAUCUUAGAUAUGAACAAGAACAUAUUAAAAAUGAGCAUGUUGGCAUUGGUAGUAAUAGCUUGGAUCAAAGGCGGAGCCAAUUUGAUCUUGCCUGCAUUAUCAUAUUGCAUAACUAUCCGUAGGCUAUGGUGGAGCAUGCCUGGUUCAAGAUAUUUGUCCGGAAUCUACAGCCCUUGUUUGAACUUGUGACGUGUAAUAAAGUUGAAGCUGAUUGCAUGGAAAUCUAUGUGAAGGAGAAGCAAAAGGUUUAUGAAAUUUUUGAUAAGCUGCCUGGAAAAUUCAGUGUAUCUGCUAGUAUGUGGACUGCUUCAGAUGGUGCUGCUGCAUACCUGAGUUUGGCAGCACACUAUAUUGAUGAGGAUUGGCAGCUAAAAAAGAAGAUUUUGAAUUUUGUUACCAUUGGUCCCUCUUUUACAGAAGACAAGCAUUCAGAAGUUAUAGUGAAUUGUCUGAUGGAUUGGAAUAUAGAUCGGAAGUUGUUUUCUAUGAUAUUUGACAGUUUUACUAGUGAUAACAUUGUUGAUAGAAUCAGCUAUCGGCUGUCGCAAAGUAGGUUCCUUUAUUGUAAUGGUCAAUUAUUUUAUGUUCGAUGUGCUAUAGUUCUUCUCAACUGCAUGGCUCAUGAUGCCUUGGAAGCUCUCGGUGAAGUUACUCAGAAAAUAAGGGCAAGCAUUCAUUAUGUUAAAGGCUCAGCAGCAACACAUGCCACAUUCAAUGAGCUGGCUGAUGAAGUUCAGGUUGAAACUAAAAAAUGCUUAUGUAUUGAUAACCCAAUGAAAUGGAACUCAACGUAUUUUAUGCUCGAAGUUGCCUUAGAAUACAGGCAAGUUUUCUCUUGCCUACGAGAUCAUGACCCUGUCAACAUGAAGUUUCUUUUAUCUGAUUUAGAAUGGGAUAGACCAAGUACCAUUACGAGCUUCUUGAAGUUGCUAAUGUUUUUGCAAGAAGCAAGUAUCCAACUGCAAAUAUAUUUCCCCCCUAGAUCUGUGAUAUUCACUUGCAGUUGAUCCAAUGAUGCAAGAAUCCUGAUGAAUUUAUCUGUUCCUUGGCUCUAAAGAUGAGAAAGAACUUUGAAGAGUACUGGGAUACGGGCAAUGUAGGAUUAGCUGUUGCAGCAAUGUUAGAUCCUCGAUUCAAAAUGAAGCUCUUGGAGUAUUACUACCCACAAUUAUAUGGCGAUAGUGCUUCGGUGCUUAUUGAUGAAGUUUUCGAGUGUAUUAGAUCGCUUUACAAUGAACAUUCUAUUGUCUCCCCAUUAGCAUCUUCCAUUGAUCAGGGACCGGAUUGGCAAGCAAGUGGUACCCCCAGUUCCGCAAAAGAUUAUAUGGAUAGGUUAAUGGGUUCCGACAAGUUCCUUCACGAAACUUCUCAAGCCGAGGGAUCUAAUUCUGAUCUAGACAAGUACCUGGAGGAAUCACUGUUUCCUCGUAAUGUCGAUUUCAACGUAUUGAAUUGGUGGAAGGUUCACACUCCAAGGUAUCCUAUCCUAUCCAUGAUGGCACGUAAUAUUCUAGGGAUUCCCAUAUCUAAAGUUGCAUCAGAAUCAAGAUUCGACAUCGGGGGAAGAGUGCUGGAUCAUAACUGGAGCUCAUAGCCUCCAUCUACAAUUCAAGCCUUCAUGUGUGCACAAGAUUGGAUACGGAGUGAACUCGAUGGUUAGUUUUCGCUGACCUUGGAUAAGGUGGGAGUGACCUUGUGAGGUUAGCAUUAUUUUUUGUCAAUAACUUUCUCUCUCUGUUGCAUUUAAAGAAGUUGUAUGGGUAAUUAUGAUCCAACUCCAUAUUAAUUCCUAUUGUAAGUGAAUUAGUUGUACAGUGUACUGAAAUGGCCCUCCCUCUCUUGUUGGCUGUGUCAUUAACACCAUAAAGUGAGCUUGACAUGGAAGUUGCAGGUUGGGUAUAAAGAUGGCAUCUGGCUUGCAAGUAGCU